AUGGGAGGGAAGAACAGCACCGAGAGGGGCGGCGGCGGGGAGGGCGAGCUGCUGGACGGUGGAGCGCAGCGCCCGCACCCCCCGCGGACGCGCGUCUCUGCGUCGGCGCCGUCGGUGGUGAAGCAGGCGGCGCUCAUGGACUCUGCCGGCACGGCAUGGCACGCGGUGAAGGUCGGCAACUUGGAGAUGAUCACCAAGCUCUUCCCCGACCGCUGCAACGUGUACGCGCGGGGCCCCGUGGGCGAGAACGUGCUGCACACCGCCAUGCUGCUCAACACGCCCUCCACCCUGGCCAUAGCGCGCUACCUGGUCAAACUCUACGGCGCCCCCCUGGUCAACUGCCCGUUCUCGGUGCGCGCUGCCUGGCCCCGCCACAGUAGUGUGGGGCGGCGCGUUUGA